AUGCAUCUCUCAUACAGUUUGUUUGCCCCUUUGUUGGGGGCUCUUGCUGCAGCUCGCAGUAUUCCAAAUACAUAUCACCAGAACAUAGCCCGCAGUACGCCAUAUGCUGUGAAGCAAUCUCCGCUGGAUACUCCAUGGACAGAGGAGGUUGGCAACAGCCCCUGGCCCGAGUAUCCCCGUCCGCAGUUGCAGCGGACGCAGUGGAAGAACCUCAAUGGGCUCUGGCAGUAUCAGAACGCAUCUAAUCAGGACGCAGUGCAGCAGCCACCAACGAACCAGACUCUUGCCAAUGAAGUGCUCGUGCCGUCGUGCUUGGAGAGUGCCCUGUCCGGUAUCCAAGGAAAGGACAUGUUCUAUUCAUGGUAUUCGACCAAGUUCGAUGUUCCCUCGUCAUGGAACGGUCAGCGCGUACUUCUGCAUUUCGGCGCGGUGGACUAUGAAGCCACCGUUUUUAUCAACGGGAAAAACGCUGGUUUCAAUCGAGGCGGCUAUUUCCACUUUGAAGUUGAUGUCACGGAUUACUUGUCUUCCAACGAGGGAAAUGAAUUGUUGGUAUUUGUCUACGAUCCCACCGAUGACGGCGAAAACGUCAUUCCGAUUGGCAAGCAGACCUUGAAUCCAAGCCACAUCUUCUACACGCCCUGCAGCGGCAUUUGGCAGAGUGUCUGGCUGGAACCAGCGUCGUCAAACUGGAUCACACAGCUAGAUCUCGAUGCUAAUAUGGAUGGUCAAGUCAACGUGACCGUCCACAGCGCCGAAGGAAACGCCACCUCUGUCGAGGUCACGGUAUACGAUAACGACGAUGAAGUGGCCUCUCACACGGGACAAUCGGAUGAACCAUUCGUGUUCAAAGUGUCCGAACCCAAGCUGUGGUCCCCAGACUCUCCUAAUCUGUACAACGUCACCGUUCGGUUAGGAAAUGAUCAAGUCCAGAGUUACACCGGCUUCCGAACUAUCUCCAAAGGAAAAAUUGACGGCAUUGUCCGACCCCUGCUUAACGGAAAAUUUGUCUUCAUGUUCGGUCCGCUCGACCAGGGCUACUGGCCGGACGGGCUCUACACGCCGCCUUCUCUCGAUGCAAUGGUCUAUGAUCUCAAGUUUCUGAAAGACCUCGGCUUCAACAUGGUUCGGAAACAUAUCAAGGUCGAGCCAGCUUUGUUCUAUCAGGCAUGUGACGAACUAGGUCUCCUGGUCAUCCAGGACAUGCCCUCUAUGAGGCCAUUGCAAGAAAGGACCGAAUCGGAUUGCAAGAAGACCAGGCUAUUGGCAGAUGACCGGCAGCAAACCGAAUUUGGGCGUCAAUUGGAAGUCAUGAUCAACCAGUUCAGGAGUUACCCGAGUAUUGCCACCUGGGUUAUCUACAACGAAGGCUGGGGCCAGAUCACCGACUACUAUCCUGAAUUCGAGUUGACAGAACGCGUCAAGACUUUGGAUCCUACGCGACUCAUUGAUUCGACCUCUGGCUGGAUUGAUCACGGUGCCGGUGACUUUAGCGACAACCAUCACUACGCCAACCCACAAUGCGGAACACCGUUUUACUCUACGGACUCCAGCCCAUACGACCCGAGUCGGAUCGGCUUCCAGGGUGAAUUUGGAGGACUUGGUAACAACGUCACCAUUGAAAACCUCUGGCAUGAACAAGGCGCAAUCGACUCGAUCAACCAAACCUACGAAAUCGACACCACGGUCGAAGCAUGGAACUACCGCAGCCACGCCCUGCUCAGCGAACUGGAGGACCAGGUUCGUCGGUAUGCGUGCAGCGGAGGUGUCUGGACGCAGACGACCGACGUUGAGGGCGAAGUUAACGGUUUAAUGACCUAUGACCGACGCAUUAAGCGAGUUGACGAGGAGCAGUGGAAGGCCGAUAUUCAGGCUCUGUAUGAUGCGGCGGCUGCUCGUGGUGGUGCGUCUCAGAAGAAGUAA